GUCGUGUCGUGGCAACAAUUUUUUUUUUCAUUUGAAAAUCAACAAAUCAACAAAGCUGUUUUUUUCACCUCAUUGUUUUAUUUUUCAUUUCAUUUUUUUUCGUUGUAAUAAUCGUGUAUCCGUCGAAAAAACGGAACCAACAAAAUCUAUCAACCUGGAAUCAACAACUAGAUUAACGCCACCGGAUUCUUAUAUCCUACCCGAUACAUCAUCACCGGGUCUACAUACCACGAUGUCGUCGUGGACAACCGGUUUUACCACAAAAGUGGAAAUAGCACAACCACAGCCAUCAUCCGGUUCGAUAAAAGCACAAAUAGAGAUAAUACCAUGUAAAGUAUGUGGCGAUAAAUCAUCCGGUGUACAUUAUGGUGUCAUCACCUGUGAAGGUUGCAAAGGUUUUUUUCGUCGUAGUCAAUCAUCAGUGGUGAAUUAUCAAUGUCCACGGCAAAAAAAUUGCAUUGUUGAUCGUGUUAAUCGUAAUCGUUGUCAAUAUUGUCGUUUACAAAAAUGUCUGGCAUUAGGCAUGUCACGUGAUGCGGUAAAAUUCGGACGAAUGUCAAAAAAACAACGUGAAAAAGUAGAAGAUGAAGUACGAUUUCAUCGUGCUCAAUUAGUUAGGCCCGGUAGUGGUGGUGGUGGUGGUCAUUCACAACAUCCAUCAUCACAACAAUCGACAAUUAAUAAAAAUCAACAACAACAACCACCACCGACAAUGAUACAAACCGGUGGUGGUAAUGGUCAAUCUAUAUGUGGUAUGACGCAAAUCGUCACGGCAAGUACGACAACAUCACCAAAUGGUGGACAAGUGUUGACCGGUUUGAAUGGUUCAUCGAAUAAUAAUAACAAUAAUGGUCCAUUAAUAACGAAUAUUGGUCAACAACAACAACAACAACCACCGCCGCCUUCCAUAACCGCAUUACAUGGACAAUUAAAUAACGUAUCUGCAGCGACAGCAACAAACGGUAAUGGUGGUUGUAGUACACAACAAACGAAUACUUCCGUUGUUGUUGCUGCUGUUGCAUCAAGUACACAAUUUGUUCAAAGACAACAACAACAACAGCUGAAACAGGAAACAUCACCUGAUUCAUCGGUAUUGGAACAGCAACCACCACAACAGCCUUCAUCAUCAAGUCAACAUGUAUCAUAUUCAUCAUCAACAUCAUCUGCAUCAUUAACAAAUGGAUAUUCAACAUAUCCAAAUGGUGAUUUAUCCGGCACUGGUAAUAUCGGCCAUAAUAGUCCCGGUACAACAACGACAACGACGACAACAUUAUAUCAUGCUCAGGAUAAUAAACCAUAUACAUUAUAUGCAGCCUAUACAACAAGUGGUGGUGGUGGUGGUGGUAGUAAUGGAACACAACAUUCAACAUCUCAACAACAACAGCAACAAGCGGCUAAUAAUAAUAAUAUAUUUGAUAUCAUACCAUCGUCAACAGAUUUUGUUGAUAGUACGACAACACAAUUCGGUGAAUUAAAACCCAUAACAGCAACAGCGACAACGCAGAAUAAUAAUAAUAAUAAUAAUUGUCAAACAACAACAACUACUAACGAUCCAACAGCAACAUCUUCAUCAUCAGCAGCAGCAACCACAACAAUGUCACCGGAUACAAAUUGUGGUGGCGGCAGUAGUUUACAUCCAUUAAAUUCAACAAUAACAACAACAAUGAUUGGUUCACCAAUCAAUGAUUGUUCCGGUGGCGGUGGUGGUGGUGGUGGUGGUGGAUCAUCAACAACAACAAUACAACAGAAUCAGAAUAAUUGUUUGGUUACAUUAACGGCAAAUCAUUCACAUCUAGGUUCGUUUAUUGACCAUUAUCCUUCGUUUAAUGCUGUAUUUGGUCCAAUAAAUUCGGCUGCUACUACUACUGCUAAUAAUAAUUCUGCCGCUGCUGCUAAUGUUAGCGGAAACAGUAGUAUAGUAGCAGCCGGUUCUACUAUUAUUGAUGGUGGUGGUGGUGGUGGUGGCGGUUAUAAUUUUUCCAUACAACAUCCACAUAAUCCAUUAGAAUUAUUAACGAAAACGGUGGCCGAUGCACAUUCAAGAACUUGUCUAUUGACCACCGAACAGAUCAUCGAUUGUAAACGUAAACCAAUGGAUCUUAGUCGUGUUUUUGAAUUUAAAAAUCUUUCACAUGAUCAACAAUGGUUACGAUGCGCGGAUAAAUUGACCGACAUGAUACAGCAGAUAAUUGAAUUUGCAAAAAUGAUACCCGGUUUUAUGAAACUUUCGCAAGAUGAUCAAAUUGUUUUGCUUAAAGCCGGAAGUUUCGAACUUUGUUGUCUGCGUAUGUCGCGCUAUUAUGAUCUAAAUACAAAACAAGUUGUUUUCAAUGGUGGCCUUAUGCCUAUCGAUGCAUUCCUAAGUCAAGCUGAUAUAACUGAAUCAAAAUUAAUCUCACAAGCAUUUCAAUUCGCCGAACAUUUGGCUGAUCUCAAAAUGACUGAAGCCGAAUUGGCUUUAUUCUCUGCUUAUGUGUUAAUAUCGCCAGAUCGACCUGGCCUAAAAGGCAUUCUAGAGAUACAACGAUUAAAUCAAGCCAUAAUGAAAGCAUUACGCAAUGAAUUGAAUCGUACACAUAAAAAUACAUUUUUCAUCAAAGGCGAUGUAACAAUCAUCGAUAUCAUUAUUGCCAAAUCGGGACAAUUACGUGAACUAUCGAUAUUGCAUAUGGAUGCAUUGAAUAAAUUUCGUCGCCAAUCAUCGCAUUUAAUAUUUCCUGCCUUACAUAAAGAAUUAUUUUCAAUUGAUCAACCAGAUCAACAGAUUGUUUGAUUUAUUUGAUGAUUCGUAUUUUCACAACACUUUAUUGUUCAUCAUCAUCAUCAUCAUCAUCAUGCCUCUAAAGCCACAUCCACACACAUGCAGACAGACACUGAAAAAAAUUUGCAUAAUUAUUACGAAUCUUCUAAUUCAUCAUCAUUGACAAUUUUUUUUUCUGAAUUCCUUGUUUGUUUGUUGGUUCAUUCACACACACCGACCCACUCGUACACACUUUUUUUUUCUCUCAUACACUGUGGUUGUUGGCAUCUUUCAUCAUCGUCAUCGUAUAUAGAUUUUUAAUAUAUUUUUUCAAAUUACAAAUUUCAUCAUUCAUU